AUGGCCAAGGUGACAGACCACCACCCAGGACCCAAGGACUCCAAUCUUUUCCUGCCUACUGGAGCCCCUGGCACAACCACUGGCUUAUCCCUCACCAACCCUUUCCAGUCUCCACCUCCAGCCAUAUUCACUCUGAACCAAGUACAUCUCAGCCCUGUACCCCCUAGUCCUGGGGCCCCAAUGGCCUUUAUCUCACCCCUGGAGCUGGGCUUCCUAGUGUGUAGACAGCUCUUGUCUGCUGAACCUGCUGGGCUCUGGUCUGAUCAAGACCCCACCCAGAUUGCGGGACAGUUUUCACCGAAGGUGCACCCUAAAAACGGCUUUGCGUGGCCCCAGAAACAACGGGACACGGACCUGUUUGUAACCACAUCCCAUCUUGGGCACCCUCCAGCCACCUUCGUCCGGAGCGUGCAUCUCCCCCUCUUCUCGUUCGAGACCUGGGGCUCUAUGGCGACAGAAUUUCGGAGGACGAAGACCCUACUGCUGUGUGGGCUGGCACUGAUCGCCCUUUACGACGUGGGAAGAUGUGACUCCAAGAAUAUAUUUGGUCUCAGGAACAAUAAUAUUACACUUUCGCCAUUGGAAAAAACAGCAUUUAAAGAUAUUACCUGGAAGAAAGGGAAAGAUAAAGUAGCAGAAUGGUCAGAGCAUGGUGAUUUUGCAUUCUUUGGGUCCUUUCAAGGAAGAGCAACAUUAGACCAGUUUGGUAACUUUACCAUCCAAAAUUUAACAGCAUCUGACGAAGGCCAGUAUGAAAUAGAGUCAUCAGACCUUUCGGAAAGUGAGAAGACAUUUCUUUAUGUUAUCGAGAAACUUCCACAGCCUCAUCUCAACUGUUCUUUUGAUGGUGAAAACAUCACAGUUUCAUGUCACGGGCCAGCAGAUAGUCGCUUUCUAAAGUACAAAUGGCGACUUCCUGAACCAUAUAUAAAUCUUACAGAAUCAAAGGUGCAGCUGAAGAUUUCUGAAGACCUCUCUUCAAAUAUCUAUUGCACUACAUGGAACCCUAAAUCUACCAAUGAAUCUUCACUUUUCCUCCGUACUUGUGUCCCAGAGAGGGGUCACUCAAGGCACAGAUAUUCAAUAAUUGGAGCAUUUGUACUUCCAAUCGUGCUAGGCCUUUGGUUCUCGGGAAUAGUUGGUAGAACUUCUUAAAAGAAAAAAACUUGAGAAGGAUCUGGACUUUUUUUUUUAAUUGCACUUUGAAUACAUUGAGACCAGCUACCUCACAAGUUUGAACUGUUUUCAUCCAUGGAGUGGCUCUGGAAGAAUUAGCUUUCACCAUCACCAAGCUUCACUAAGAAGUGAGCCACAAUCAGCACCAGGGGAGCCAUUAGCAAGCUAAUUGCUCCCAUAACAAAUUGUUACUAUUCUUUGUGUUCAAGCUGGUGCCUCGGAAUAAGAGGUACAUGACUUUCACCUCCUUUUCCUGAGAACAAAAGAUAUUUCUUCUUCUUCUUUUUUUAUUUUUUACAUUAUUUUCCCCCAAAUACAUUGU